AUGGCCUUCACACGCUCCGCAGCCACGGCUACUCUCCGUACAAACCUUUGUCGACAAUGUCGCCAGCUCGCAACUCGGCAAUUCUCACAGCCAGCAGCCGUCAGACCUCGUCUCCAAAACAGCACUCCAAUCAGGCCCGCCCUCACAACCAUAAGACAACACUCCGCCCCAGCCUCCAACUCCAAAGUCUACGACUUCGACCAAAUCAAAGCAAUCAGCGAGAAGCCUUCCAAAGACCGCAUCCUGAUCGAUGUCCGCGAACCGAGUGAAUACGACAGCGGAUACAUUCCUACGGCCAUAAAUCUACCGCUCAAGAGUCAGCCGGAUGCGCUAUUCUUGCCGGCUGAGGAAUUUGAAGAUCGGUUUGGGUUUGAGAAGCCGAAGGCGAAGCAGGAGGUGGUGUUUUACUGCAAGAGCGGGGUGAGGAGUAGUGCGGCGGCGCAGUUGGCGCAGCAGGUUGGGUAUGAGAAGGUUGGGGAGUAUCGAGGUAGUUGGUUGGAUUGGGAGAAGAAUGGCGGAGCUUCUGGGAAGGCGUAG